AUGUUGAAGCCCAAGAUCAAUGCGUCGGUGGUGACGACCACCACUCCAUUGGAUCCAUUACGAGCGCUUGAAAGACUCCGCCGAGUAAAUUCCGACAUCACCUUCGUCCGGUUUCAAUGGCAGGACUAUUCUGGUGUGCUGCGUGCUAAGAUUCUCGUAAUCGAAGCAUGUCUCGCCAUGAUCGCAGGCGGCAAAUUUCUCCACGCCCCUCCAAUGGCUCUCGAUUGUGUAGUGAAUAGUACCGUGGUCCCUGGUACAGACCCAAUUGGUGUCUACUGGCUUAUUCCAGACUGGUCGACUCUACAGCUCCACACCAGUCCUGGCACCGCGAUUGUGAUGUGUGGUGUGGUCAAAACCACGCCGUCCAGCCCAAUUCCUAGUGGAGAACUAUGUCCGCGUCAGGCACUCGUUAGGGUAGUUCGAGAGGCAGCUCAGCGAUGGCAAUUAGAUUUUCUCGUUGGGUUUGAAGUGGAAUUUCAAGUGAUGAAGCUGUCCGAUGGCGAUGAAAAGGGCGCUGUGCGUCACAGUUGUGGACAGGGCCACUUUGCGGCCUCUAGCCUGCUUUAUCCUUGCUGGUCCUAUGUCGAGGACUGUGUAAGGAAACUUCGGACGCUUGACGUUCAUGUUGAGGGAUUGCACCCGGAAGGAAAAAGCGGUCAAUAUGAGAUUAUUCUUGGGCCACUACCCCCGCUCCAAGCGGUCGAUCAACUUGUGUUGGUCCAUAAUGUUCUUAAACACACAUUUUCCCGUCACGGUUAUAUGGUGACAAUGUCGCCUAAGCCCGUGCCAGCAGUAUCGCGGGAAACCAAUGGCCAACAUAUGCAUCUUUCGAUCCAUCCCGCCGGCCCAGGCCAAGAAGAAUACUUCCUAGCGGGCAUUCUGAAGCGUUUACCGAGUCUAUGGGCGUUUUUUCUACCCCAAGAUGUUUCGUACGAGCGGGUUGGCCCAUUCAUGGCUGGUGACUAUGUCGGAUGGGGUACAGAGAAUCGAAAAGUUCCGAUCCGCAAGAUUGAACCUGGCCACUGGGAGAUUAGGAGCAUAGAUGCGACAGCAAAUAUGUAUUUGGCAUUGGCCGCAGUUCUGAGCGCCGGGUUGCUUGGGCUUGCGGGAAGCGAACCCUUGAACUGGCCCGACAUGUCUACCGGUGAUUGGCCAAAUUUGUCACAAGAAGAGAUCUAUACCCAUGUUGAAGUACUACCAAGGUCGUUGGAUCAUGCGCUGUCGGUGUUGAAUGAUGAUUUUGGAGAUUUGGACAAAAUGCUCGGCAAACCUAUUAUGCAACACUAUGUGAAGCUGAAACGACAUGAGUUAUUACAGAUCCAACAAAUAGGCCCCGAAAAGGCAAGAGACUUGCUGGUUGAGAUAUUCUGA